AUGAAGAGGAGGCUGCUUCGAGGUUUUCUGGCGGAAAUCUCCAUCCGCUUAGCGCUCUUAGUAGUUUUCCUGGUGACAGAGCAGCUUCCACCUUUCUACCGCAAGAUUCAGCCGGAAGAGAUGUGGUUGUAUAAAUACAGCCGUGUGGAUCAAGAUCACGUCCCGACACCACUUAUGUUUAGCAUUGCUCUCUUAACACCGCUGAUUGUCAUCAUGAUCUUCACCUUAAUGACCAAGUCAGAGCGAGGUGACGCCAAGGAAGCAUCACUGGCUGUGACUUUGACACUUGUGCUGAACGGCGUAUUCACCAACGUCAUCAAACUUGCAGUCGGCAGGCCCAGGCCGGACUUCUUCUUCCGCUGUUUCCCUGACGGCCAGAUGAACUUAGAGCUACGCUGCAGUGGUGAUCCAGAUGUGGUCAUGGAGGGAAGAAAGAGUUUUCCUAGUGGACAUUCUUCAUUUGCUUUUGCCGGGCUGGGAUUCACCGCCCUUUACAUCGGCGGGAAGCUGCGAUGUUUCAAUGCCGCUGGCCAAGGCAAAGCUUGGCGACUCUGCGCUUUUCUCACCCCUUUAAUGGUCGCACUGACCAUUGCCCUCUCCAGAACCUGUGACUACAAACACCACUGGCAAGACGUGUUGGUGGGCUCUCUGCUAGGCUUGGGCUUUGCCUGGCUGUGCUACAGGCAGCACUACCCAGCGCUUCAUGAUGCCGACUGCUACCGCCCUCUAAGUCACAGAGAGGGCAUUCCCGCUGCACAGGAACGCAAGUUGGCUAACUCCAACUACAUCCUGCCCAUGUAA